GUAACACAGGUGGGCCAACAAUCAGGAUCGAGCACGUGAUCUGGACUGGCGGGGCUCCCUGGCGCAGGCGAGAUAUUGCGUUGAGUGGCCGUGAUUGUAGUAGGCUAUGAUUUUGCCAAAGAUUUUACCUUAUCUAAUUUCUGUGUUUGUGACCAAGACUUGUGUAAAACUUUACUUCAUUCAUCGUAAUUCGAAAGAAGCAAAUUUAUGAAUAGGGAACAACCAACAACACUUUCACAGGAACAAUUAGAAUUAAUAAUGAAAGUGAAGAAAGAGUGGAAGAAAUUGUUUUAUGUUAUUCAACGACGAGAGGGAUUUGAAAGAGGAAUAAUGACUCCUCAACUAGCCUUGAAGAAUUACAUUGAAAUCCAUACUGGAAAAACUAUUACCAGAAGAUCGACAAAAUUACUUUCUAAUUUUUGGGAGAGUUUGACUGAAGAUGAAAAAACAUUUUGGUAUAAUGUUAGCAUUACCAAAAAUGCUGGCAUUAAAGAAAAACAGAAAUUGGUGGAUGAAGAAAUUGCUGAAAUUUCUCAAAGUCUUAAAUCAAUGACUUUCGAUUUGCUUUCUUCGUCAAGUCACGUCUUGAAACUGCCACUAUCGCAAAGCAUUUCGUCGAUUUGGCUAUUUAAGUCAAGUUGAAAUCUCGUGAUAAAAGAUGCUGACUUUGAAGACAAUUGACAACGAUCAACGAAAUAACGACUAUAUCCUAUAAGGGAAUAGAGAACAAUAAAAGCUUGUUUUACAGUG